AUGAAGCAACUAUAUGAAUAAGAUAUAGAUGCAUUGGAUAAGAAGAAAGCCUUAGCAAUGAUUAGAUAUGUAGAAAACCUAAACAGUCAUAUUAUCAAACCGACAAAACUAAUACCACAAAUCAAGAAAGUUCAAAGGGUAAGAAAAGGGUAAGAGGAAAACGAUGGAUAAAAACGGUAACUUUAUCAUACUAAAGAGAGACCUAGAACUACUAAAAGAACAUGA